AGGAGCUGUUUUAUUUAUGUUUAAGGCAACCGGCUUUACACCCCCCAACAAUAGAUGGCGACGGUGCACUUCAUUGACGUUGAUUGCAUUCUGCCACAUUACCCGGAAGAAACCAGAGCAGCUACAAAACUCUGUUGCCAUGGUAGUAUUACCUAGUGGUAAACAGGCAGGUGAAAUCGAGAAAUCCCCAACAAAGCUUUGAUGUAUAGUUUUUAAUAUGUGUAUGCUGAACAAAAUGUGGAUUUCUGUGAGGCAGAACUGACCACAGAUUAACGUUACCUUCAAUCAGUAGCUAAAAGAUGGCCUAUCUUUAAGUUAGCACGAAAGGGUAACUACAGUACCAUGUUACUGUACUGUAGAUGCUAGCUAGCUAGUAGUCUAGGUCUAGUUAGGACACCUAACGCGUUCAUUACUGAUUAGUUCGCCGACAGAAAGAGGGGAAACAGAGUUUGGUGAAUGUGAGUCAAGUGUUUACUUGGCUAGCUGUAGACAACCAUGUUUAAAGAUGAAACAAUUGAUGCCGUGGGUGUCGAUUCACUGUGGAGGAAAUCACAUCAGUCUGCACAGGACUCGAGAGGAUGUCAAACUCAACCACUACACACUGCGGAUGCUCAAAUACAGUCUCUGUCUGUGUCAGAAAGUGACACCCAGACUGACCCACUGGACCACCUCACGCAACUCCAUGAUGGUGACACACCAAAGUCCCCUGGGUUGAUGGAGUUCCUCCAUUGUGUUGAGGACAUGGUUGUCAAAGAGUUGGAAAAAAAUGCCAGGAGUCAUGCAUUUGAUAGAUUUGAUGUGAAUUGGGAAGAUCAGAAUCAAACGGUCUCAUGCCUACACCGCCUUCAAUAUCCUGAAGCCCAGGAGAGAGGUCUGCAUGUUACCAGUAUAUCCUGGAAUUGCACAGGUUCCGUCAUUGCAUGUGCCUUCGGUCGCAUUGAUGAUGGAGACUGGAUCACAGAAAGGUCUUUUAUUUGCACCUGGAACCUGGAUCGUAAAGGCCUCAACCCCAGGCGGCCUGACACAGUGAUAGAUGUGGCAAGGCCUGUCAUGGCACUUUCAUUCCACCCCUCCCGUCCCUCUCUCAUCACUGGGGGUCUUUACAGUGGAGAGGUUGUUAUCUGGGACACAAGUCGGACACAGGACCUUGUAUUGGCACAAACAGGAAUGUCCGCCAACAUUCAUAGAGAGCCUGUCUAUCAGGUUGGUUGGGUCCCGGGCCAGAAAAAAGGAGAACUUGAAGUUCUGAGUGCUGGCUCAGGGGGAAGGGUCCUGCUUUGGAGUGUGGAUGCGGCCAAGGGGGAGCUGGUGCUCAGUGCAGGCUAUGCCUUGGUCAAACAACAGGCCAAAGGAAGCGGCAAUGUUGGGGUCACUUCUGUGGCCCUGUCCCCCUGGGACCCAGACAUUUUCCUGAUUGGCUCAGAGGGCGGCUUGGUUCUUAAGUGUUCCUUCUCUGCCCAAACUCCUGCUGCCACACCUUCAGACUGCGAGAACAUAGUACUGCGAGCACCAAUCCAGUUUGCUUUUAGCCAACAAGGAGGUCCCAUCCAUUCCUUACACUGCUCACCUUUCCAUAGGAACCUGUUUUUGACGGGCGGCACAGAUGGCAUGGCCCAUCUCCACUCUUUGCUCCAGGCUGAACCCCUUGCCUCGCUGCAGGUGUCAGAAUCCUACGUGUUUGGGGUGCGCUGGUCCCCAACGCGGCCACUCAUCUUUGCUGCAGCCACAGGACAAGGUCUGGUGCAGAUAUUUGAUUUGGGUAGGAGAUCUUGGAAACCAGCAGCCACGAUUGACCAGACCACAGCCGGCCAACCAGUCUACUGCCUGGAAUUUAAUACUCGGCAGACACACCUUCUGGCAGUUGGCAAUGCAGAUGGCAGUGUCAACAUAUGGCACCUGAGCACUAAACUAACAGAGCAGGGGCCAAGAGAGACUGCCAAGCUAGAGCAACUGGCAAAUGAAGUGGCUGAAUGAGCCACAAACUGCACCUUUAAAACAAGAAGAGUAAAUCACAUCAGAGUUGGUGAUAAUUUGUGGUUCAGUAUGUUUGUGUUGUAUGUUGAAAACAUGUUUCCCAUUGAUCUGUUAAAUGACACUUGUUACUUGUGUGUCAGUCAUCAACACCCUUAUUUAUUUAAGUAAGAAGUAAGGAAUGUAAUAUAGUUGACUUUGUAAUAAAACCACACUGAAUAAACAAUUUCCAGUUAUAACCAGUCGCGUUUAUUAAAGCACUGCAGUUUAUACGGUGAUGUUACAGCAUUACUGUGUCUAUAAGGUUUCUUAAAUCCAGCAAAGCACAAGCUAAAAUAACCACAUUAAAAUGCAGACUUAACCACUAAGCUAUCAUUGAAGCACAAAGAGUGAAAGACUUGGAUAAGUAGGUAGUUACUGAACUAUACUAUAUUCUAGUGUCAGAUUCAUGCAGUUUCAGCCGUGUAAUUGAGUGUGGGGGACAAACGCAUCCCGAUUAGUCACUGGCAGGCAAGAGGAAGGAUCAAUUGACAAAAAGUGAGCGGGUGAAUUCGACAAAGUCGAAGGCCGAUGGCAUCUCACGCCCCUUGCUGUCUAGGAAGGGUUUCAUGUGAGAAAUGCAAUAGUCCGCCUGUUCCUUGGUCAAGUUCUUAAAGUAGAAGGAAAAUAA